UACAUUCAAUUUCCAACCCGAAAAUGAAGUUUGUGCUGCUGGUCCUGUUUGUGGCCACAGCAUGUGCCCACCGCAGGCAUCCCAACCGCACUGCUCUCGAGCACAUCAUUGUAAACGGAUAUAAUGCGUACGAGGGAAAGGCGCCCUACGCCGUGGGUCUGCGGAUGAACAACGGAGCCGUGGGUGGAGGCUCCAUAAUCGGCAACACCUGGGUCCUGACCGCCGCCCACUGCCUAACCACCGACUCCGUGACCAUCCACUACGGCUCCAACAGGGCCUGGAACGGUCAAAUACAACACACUGUAGGCAAGGACAACUUCUUCCGGCACCCCGGGUUUGGAAACAGCGCUGGCCACGACAUUGGACUAAUUCGCACCCCGCACGUGGGCUUCACCAAUCUGAUCAACAAGAUCUCGCUGCCCAAGUUCAGUCAGCAGGGCGAACGCUUCGAGAACUGGUGGUGCGUGGCCUGUGGCUGGGGCGGAAUGGCCAGCGGCAAUCUGGCCAACUGGCUGCAGUGCAUGGACGUACAGAUUAUAAGUAACAACGAAUGUGCCCGGUCCUACGGGUCAGUGGCCUCCACCGACAUGUGCACCCGCGCCACCGAUGGAAAGUCCGUGUGCGGCGGCGACUCCGGCGGAGCACUGGUCACACACGACAAUCCCAUCCAGGUGGGCGUGAUUGUCUUUGCCUCCGGCGGCUGCAAGAGCGGCCCUUCUGGCUACACCCGUGUCACCGACCACUUGGACUGGAUUCGGGAGAAGUCAGGAAUCGCUUACUACUAACUGAAAAAAUGGACCUUGGCUAUUGCAUUAUCAUUGCACUUAUGUAAAUUUAUAUACCAACAAUAUGAUUCAGAAUAAAUAGUUUAAUAGUUUA